UUAUAUUUUAAAUUUUCUGCGGAACCACCAUACUGUUUUCCACAGUGGUGCACCAUUUUACCUUCCUACCAGCAUUACUCAAGGGUUCCGAUUUCUCCACAUCCUCACCAACACGUGUUAUUUUCAAAGACCAUCAAUAUCAUCAAUAAGAGUUCUGGAACACGCAUGGACAUUGGACCCAGAGACAUUGGCCCACUUGGCUUCUUGGGAUUGACCCAUCCUAGUUAUAUGACCUUAUUCAAGUCAUCUUGCCAAGUUCUGAAGCCUCUCAAACUGAAUAGAACAGAAUAGGGAAUAGAACCCAGGAUGAUUCUAAGCAAUGCUUUAUACAGUGCAAGAUCUCUUCAUCAUUUCCAUAUAAGGCCCUGGAAACCACUUGUCUAUUUUCUGUCUCUAUGGAGUUGCCUCAUCCAGUAUGUAGCCUUUUGUGACAGCCUUGUUUGAUGUAGCAAAACGUUUUCAAGGUUCAUCCAGUUUGUGGUAACUGCAUUUCCCUAAAUGGUCUCAGACCUCGCAGGAGUUUGGGGAACGCCAACAUCACCACUGAACCAGUACUGCUCUUUAUGCGCGGGGCAUUGUGCUGGAAGCUGGGGAUGUCCUAGUGAGCAGGACAGAGGUGUUUCUACAGAAAUGGCCCCUGGGGCUCUGGGAAAGGAGGCACGCACAGUCACAGUCGAUUGGGGCAGAGAAGGCUUCCCGGGGAGAAGAAGGGGCGUCCUAGGCAGACGUGAGAAACGAGAGAGCGUCGUCACCAGCAAGCUUGAAAACCCGGAUCCCAUCCUCUUGGAGCCUCUUGGUUUGCCAUAUUCCUCUGGCUCCCACUCAAAUCCUUGCCAGAAGGGAACGGACCUGCACUGCUUUCUUUCCCUGUUCCUCCCAGAGGCCCGAGGGCGGGCAGAGCGAAAAUGCGCACUGUCCUGAGUCAGAACUCUGGCCGGGGGCGGGUCCCGCUGCGGCUGGGGGCGUCGGGGGCGGGCAGCGGGUGGCCAGUGACGCGACGGAGGCCGGGGGCGGCGGGCUGCGAGGUGACGCGCGUGGGGACCGCGCUGGCCCAGCCCACGUGUCCGCGAGAUUUAAAAGUUGGCGGCGCGCGGGGAGGUCAGCUUGGCGGCGGAGCCCCGCGAGCAGCGCGCCCGGGACACAGAGGCACUGCCAGGGCCCCGCGUGGAGUGCUGACCCGCGCAGCUCAGGCUUCGAGCUCCGAGCCGCCAAGCGCCGAGAUGCCGCGAGCAGCGAACCGCCGCCCCGGGCCGCCCGCCGGACAGGUGGCCGCCGCGUCCCGGCCCCUGCUGCUGCUGCUGCUCGCCUGUUGCGCGGGCACCUGCCUUGGUGCUCCAAUAUUAUCUCAAGGACUACGGCCUGAACAAGAACUACGGCUGUGGAAUGAGAUAGAUGAUGCCUGUUCGUCUUUCCUGUCCCUUGAUUCUCAGCCUCAGGCAUCCAAUGCACUGGAGGAGCUUUGCAUCACAAUUAGGAGGACUCUACCAAAGCCCCAGGAAACAGAUGAAAAAGAUAAUACCAAAAGGUUCUUAUUUCAUUAUUCGAAGACACGGAAGUUGGGCAAUUCAAAUGUUGUGUCGUCUGUCGUGCAUCCGUUACUGCAGCUUGUUCCUCACCUGCAUGAGAGAAGAACGAAGAGAUUCAGACUGGACUUUACUAAAGGGGAAACAACUCAGAAUAAAGAUCUUUCCCAAGACAAUGCUAGAAGAAUUCCAAGGUCCUUUUGCAAGCCAAGUUCGGAGUCAGUUUUUAUUCAGGCCACGCAAUGGAAGAAGGUCAGAAGGUUACAUUUAAAAUGGACCAACAAUUUUCCACAGAAGCAGCAAAAUGUUGACAUUUUGUUUUCUUCUCAAAAACAAUCCUUGCUAAACUUACUGUAUUUGACAAUCCCUGUGUUGUAAACAUUCUCAAUAAAAGUUGGUUGAGAUUAUAAAAUG